GCAAUAGGCACUGGAGCGGGUCAGCAGCAGAUACCACAGAUUGACGAAUCAACAGAUAUAACAGGCGGACAGGCAGACUCAACGCCUCCAAAUCUUGAAGCUACGGACAAAAGAACUGUUUUAUGUAGGCAAUCUAGCAAACCAAAUAUGCCAAGCCUGAGUUCUCUCCCCGAUCUUAACAAUAUUUUGCCACUUUGCUUGCCAGGACGUCACCAAUGCGAGCCAGUAAUUUCAUGUCACAUAAGCCUUCGUGUUGUGUUACCAUCCGAGUCACUGUACACAGAACGAUAG